AUGAUCAUGAAAAAAGGGCAGGGAAUCAGUCGUGGUUGCUCAUUAGCAUUCUGGUUCACCACGAUCAUCUCCGUUUCAGCAAACCCAAAACCUUACCCUUUCGAGUGGAACACGACACAUUCCUUUGGAUAUGAUGGUCCCUGGCAUGCGAUUCCCAUGAAAAUAGGAUGGCCCGAGCAGAUCAUCAACCUCUACCCCGGCGGAACGUGGGCUUCCGUUAUUUUGGGAUCCAACCUCUCAGACUCGUUCAAAUACGAUUACCCAAAUCAAACGUGGUUGUCAAGCUCCGAAGUUUGGAAUGCCGCGAAGAGUGAGCCAACUCGGCCCGGCUCGACAGAGAACUAUGAUAUCGCGCAGUCCAACCGUGGCGGUGUUACAGGAUCCCUCGAUGGAUCCUGGAGAGGUAGCGAUGCGUCGAAUAUAACCGGCGAUGGAAUUAUUCUGACAGACCGCAUGACCUUCGAGACUCCGGAUAAUGGCGUCACCAUCCCUAAUAUCUCGAUUUCUGCCCUAUACGAAGCAAAUAUGGGCUUUCCCGACGGCAGCACGGUCCCGAUGGACGUCGGUUUUCUGUCGCUGGGCGCCCGAGCACCCCAAACCUUCGGUAACUAUACUGCCAAUGUGAUUUCCGAGUAUUUGGCCUCUGACGAACGGAUCCCGUCGAACUCAUGGUCGCUGCACAUUGGCUCCGUCGCCAAGGGCAUCGCUGGCUCACUGAUUCUGGGCGGGUAUGACUCCUCACGCGCUGUCGGAGACGUAGGCACUUACGACACGACAGAUGGAUUCGGCGGCAUGUUUGCAAACCUGGUAGACAUCCAGAUGGGCAUCAGCGGUGAUGGCGGCUCGCCAUGGGCAUUCCGAAACAAGACUAACUUGCUCCGCAAUGCGAAAAAUAACACGCAAUCAAUCAGUGUCCGGCCAAACCCAACAGCGCCCUUCCUGUUUCUCCCGAACCAAACCUGUGAGACUAUUGCUUCAUAUCUGCCCGUCACGUGGCAAUGGGACCUCGGUCUGUACACAUGGAACACGGACGACCCUAGAUACGAGCAGAUCCUCACAUCCCCGUCGUAUCUGGAUUUUGUCUUCCAGCGAUCCUCUGGCCAGUCGAACCUCAACAUCAAGGUCCCUCUCGCAUUGCUCAACCUCACACUCACGUCUCCCAUCGUUGACACUCCAACAGCGUACUUCCCCUGUCGGCCCUUUGACAACGAUGGGGCUGAGUAUCAUCUUGGACGGGCUUUCUUGCAGGCCGCAUUUAUCGGCAUGAAUUGGGUCAACUCGAAAUGGUGGAUGGCACAAGCUCCAGGCCCUGGUUCUCUGACUAGUUCCAUAAUCACAAUCGAGAACAAUACCGAGUCCCUCUCAACAACAGCCCCCAGCACCUUCUGGGCUGACUCCUGGAAGAGAGUCCUCACCGAUCUGCCGAAUCCCUCAUCGUCCACCAACAGCAGCAGUGAUAGCAACAACAAUAGCGGCAGUGGUAUCUCGGGCGGCGCAAUUGCCGGCGCAGUGGUCGGAUCGACUGUGGGAGGACUCGCCCUGUUGGCCGGCGCGGUUUUCUUUUUCUUGCGGACAUGUCGUGCGAAAAAGCCAGCAGCCGCACCAUCGAGCGAUGACCAGAAAGAAGCCUACUUUCCAGACAGGCAAUAUCCGAUGGAUAGACAACAGCGCUGGCCUGUCGAACUGGCCGGCGGGGAGCCGGUCCACGAGAUAAUGACAACCUCCACGCCUCCCCAAGAGCUCAUGACAACUGGGCAGCCUCCUCAAGAAUUGAUGGCAAAUGAGGAUAACAAAUAA